AUGGCAAAACCUACUGCUGAUGCUGACUACGAUGCCGGAGAAACAAUUUCUUCGUUUCUCUAUUCUAGCGCUGGGGUUGGCCGGACUGGCACAUUUAUUGCCAUUGACACCAUCAUGCGCCAAAUAAGGGCUGGACAUCAGCUGAUCGAUAUUUUUGGAGUCUGCUUGUACCUACGCUACUGGCGCAGAUUGAUGGUUGAGAUGAAGUCUCAGUACUUGUUCAUACACGCCUACCUCGGGUACAAGCUUAAACAGAAUGCCGAUAGAGAUGACCUGCAACCGUGGAAACGCAGACGCAGCAUUAAAGAAGAGGAUACCGAGGCUUUCCAGCGCGUACCGUGA